GUUGAAAGCAGAGGAGAGCAGACAGGUAGGGGAGAAGGGGGAAGAAGAAGGAAAGGAAGCGCCAGAUGUCAGCAGAUCAGCUCCUGAUGUUUAUGUGAACUGGUGAAGGCUCACACACACAUGCAGCAGAGUCAUUGUAUAGCCGAAGGAAAAUGUAACUUCUCAAGAGGAAAGACUCCCUCGAUCUACUGAAGUCUCCCGCUGAAGUGUGUCUCUGCAAGUGAUCCUGCCUUUGUUUGGAGCCAGUCCUCGAGGACCCUACAGGACGUCAAGCUUGUGACUGACAGUGAUGGGUUCACAGAGUCAAAUGCUGGCCUGGAUGUUGCUUCCAGUGCUUCUGUUGGGAAUGACCUGCUCAUUGCACGGCUCCCUCGUCAAAGUCAAUAAGGGUUUAAAGGUGAAACGAGGUCAGUCGGCCUACCUCGAUGAGAGCGACCUGCAGUUCCAUAUUCCCCGUCAGAAGGAUGCGUGCAAGGUGGAGGUGGUGUUAAAUGAGCCCAUAACUCAACGAGUGGGAAAAGUCAUGCCUCAGGUCUUUGAUUGCCAUUAUCUGGCUGAUGAGGUGAAGUAUGUCCAUAACGGCUGUCCAUUGCUAAAAGAGGACAUAGUCAAGCUUCGACUGUACAGGUUCACAGACUCAGAGACUUACAUGGAGGUGUUUUCUCUCCAUGUGGACAUUAUGGAACCUGACUGCAGCAUCAUAAAGCUCGGGCCUAAAUCCUUGGAGGUUCCUGAAUUCUACGGCCUCUCUGAUGCCGUUGAUGGCAAUGUGGUGUCCUUCCAUUAUGAGAGGAGGUCUAGCCUGGAGUGUAGUAUCCAUCUGAGCAACCAUGACACCCACCUGCCAGCCCACGGCCAGCUGGUCACCGGGGAUCCAGAGAAAGCCACCAAGAGAGGGGACGAGCCUGAGAGCUUCAUCCACCUACGUCAGCAACUAGAUAAUAAAGAGAGGGCGAUGUGUAAGUCUGAAGACUGCCUGAAGGGUCUGAAGCUGGUGAAGUUCACUAAGAUUCCCUGUGAUGACUUCCUGAUGAUGGGGCUGAGGUAUCAGCACAUAGACCCUCCAUCUCCUGAUAUAGACUACAUUGCAAUCAGACUGGACCUUAAGGACACCAGGAGUGGCAGCAUAUAUCAGUCUGAGCAGUCCUGGAUUCCAGUUCGGAUAGUCGGUGCAAUGCCCAACCAGCCUCCCAAACCAUCCUUCAUGUCCAUGUUCAUCCUGGAAGUAGACCAGUUCAUCCUCACUCCACUCUCCACUGCUACACUAGAUGCUGAGGAUGAGGAAACUCUCAAACAACUUUUGGUUUUCAACAUCACCAAACCCCCUGUGGACGGCUUCAUCGCCCAUCUGACCGAUCACACUCGGCCAAUCUCCUCCUUCACAUGGCUGGAUUUAAAUGACAUGCUCAUUGGGUAUCAACCUCCCAACUCCUCACAUACCCAACGCAGGAAUUACGAGGUGGAAUUUGAGGUUCAUGAUUUUUUCUUUGAGAAGAGCCCAUCAAUGACUGUUCACAUGUCUGUAAGGAAUGCCGACACAAAUGCACCCAGAGUGUCCUGGAACAUGGGCCUCAGCCUGUUAGAGGGGCAGUCUCGUCCAAUAACAUGGGAGCAGCUCCAGAUUGUGGACAACGACAACCUGAACGCCGUUCGUGUCAUCACUGUGGACGGUCUGCAGCACGGACGGCUAACUGUCAGAGGUGGAAAAGGCUUUAUGUUCACUGUCAAUGACAUCAGAGCAGGUGUUGUUCGCUAUCACCAUGACGACAGCGACUCAACUAAAGACUUCAUUAUCUUCCGUAUCACCGAUGGUCGCCAUCAGACCAGGCACAAAUUCCCUAUCAAGAUCCUGCCAAAGGAUGACAGCCCUCCUUUCCUCAUCACCAACAUGCUGCUGGAGGUGUCUGAGGGCCAAACGGCUCUGCUGAGGGGCUCCACCCUCCAGGCUUCAGACCUGGACUCCAGCGACGACUACAUCCUCUUUAACAUCACCCGCCCCCCACAAGCAGGAGAGGUCAUGAAAAUCCCAGGACCAGGGCUCACAGGUUAUCCUGUCAGCCACUUUCUGCAGAGGGACCUGUCUCAGUCCAUGCUGUACUACCGACAUCUUGGGAAUGAGGUGUUUGAUGAUUCCUUUGAGGUGGUGCUGUCUGAUUUCCAUGACCCUCCCAACCUGUCACAGCCUCAAGUGGUGAUGGUGCACAUAGAGCCUGUUCCAGACCAGCCACCUAAAGAGGUUCCUGGUUCCAGCCGAUGUCUCGUGGUCAAAGAAACUGAAGUGGUCCAUAUAACAAGACAGCACCUUCACUUUGUAGACCAGGAGUCCCCAGACAGUGAGCUGACAUACACAGUCACCACUCCACCUUUUUACACUGGUCCCCACAGCACUCCUGAUGCUGGGAGGUUGUUCCUGGUGGACAGCAUCCCCAAAUUCACCAAAGACUCCAGUGCACCAGUGCUGAGGCUCUUCACACAGCAUGCAGUGAACUUCAUGAAAGUAGCCUACAUGCCUCCUAUCAUGGACAUCGGCCCUUACCCCCAGUAUAUCCAGUUUGUUCUCUCUGUAACCAACCGUUUGGGCAAAACAGUCACUGGGAUCUGCUUUAACAUCACUGUGAUGCCAGAAGACAACCAACCACCACAGGUGAUCACCAACGCUCUGACAGUAGACGAGGGAGGGGAGUGCUGGCUUGGCCCUGAACACUUACUGCUGUCAGACGUGGACUCCAUGGAAGAGGUCCUGCAGGUGGAGCUGCAGAGGGAGCCACAGCAUGGAGCUCUGCAGCUUGGAGGCCUCCUGCUAAAACCAGGCCAAGCUUUCACUGUGCAAGACCUGAAAAGCUUUAAAGUUAGGUACAAUCACGACAGCUCAGAAACUGUGGAGGACAACAUUGAAUUCACUGCAACAGAUGGCACCAAUUCAGUUAGUUUUGUCCUACAAGUGAAGGUGAAGCCCAUCAAUGACGAGGUCCCGGUGUUGGUCGCUGGUUUGAAGCCAGUACUCAGCUGUGCAGAGGGACAGGAAAUAGUCAUCACAGCAGAGUAUAUCUAUGCCUCUGAUGCAGACAGCGACAACAGCAGCCUGGCCUUCUUAAUUGCCCGGCAGCCAUAUCACGGUGUGGUGCUGCGAAAUGGUGUCGUGGUUGAUCGCUUCAUCCAGGCAGACAUCACUGCAGGGAUCAUCACCUACAAACACACAGGACUGGAGAUUGGUCUCACUCCUCGCCAUGAUACCAUCACCUUUGUUAUUUCUGAUGGAGAAACAGAAAACUCUGCUCUGUGCUGCGGUGGAGGAAAUCCCAUCAGGACCAGAGGCACAGCUCAGCAUCGGGACAGCCUGCCUGUGUACGACCUCCAUAUCACAGUGUUUCCAGUUGACAGCCAACCACCUUCACUUACAACAGGAGACAUCUUUAUGGUGGAUGAAGGUGGAACUGCCCCAAUAAUUGCGUCUCAUUUGAAGGCCUCUGAUGUGGACACUGUCCAGGAUGAACUGGUGGUCAGUCUGAUUUCUCCACCCCAAUUUGGCUACAUUGAAAAUGUCCUACCCAGUCCUGGUUUUGAGAAAAGCAACAUGGGCAUAAGCAUAGCUUCAUUUUCAUACAAAGACCUCAUUGACGGUCACGUGAACUAUGUACAGUCCAGACACCAGAGGAUGGAGCCCACAGCUGACCAGAUGAUGCUCUGCGUGUCAGAUGGGAAACACACUUCUGCCCAUGUGCCCUUCUACAUUAUUAUUAAUCCAACAAAUGAUGAGAUCCCAGAGUUUAUGGCUCGUAACAUCACAGUACGAGAAGGAGAGAUGAAGCAGCUGGACUCAUCAGUGUUGCACGCAAUGGAUCUGGAUGUCCCCAGGAACACCCUGCUGUUCAGUAUAGUUAAACCCCCUCAUCAUGGCAGCAUCAUUAACCAUGACAAUGAAAAGGCGGUCAACAAGAGACGAGAGGCCAGUCCCCAAUCCCCUGUGGUCGACUUUACAAUGACAGAUCUUAUUAAUGGUAUGGAUCUGAUGUACGUGCACGACGACUCUGAGAAUAUGGUCGAUAGCUUUACCAUCCAGUUAACUGACGGCAAGCACCAACUCCACAGACAAGUGAUGGUUAAAGUGCUGCCAACCAACGAUGAAGAGCCUCAUAUCAUAAGGAACAAUGGGCUGGAGGUGGAACCAGGAGAGACUCGGCUCAUAUCCAGUGUUACACUGUUUGCACAGGACAAUGAUACUCCCUCUUCAGAGGUCAUGUACAUAUUUGAGAGUGUUCCUACCCAAGGACUACUUCAACUUAAGGAAGGUCCAGACUGGGUGACGCUGACAGCUGGGAGAAACUGCACCCAGGAAACGGUGGACAUGAACCUUCUGCGCUAUGUGCACACAGGCCUGCACGCUGCCAAAACACAGGACUUCUUUGUCUUCCACUUGCUGGAUGGAAAGAAUCAAUCACCCCCACAGCACUUCCACAUCUCUGUCAAAGAUCUUGAGAAAGGAAAUAUUGCCAUCUUUGUAAAGCCAGUGAACGUCAGUCGGGGCGAUCGUGUGGUUCUCACCACAGAUGUGCUGCUAGCCACAGACGGCACAGAAAAGCCUGAGGAGCUUCUGUACACCAUCACCAACGCUCCCACUCAAGGACACAUAGAGUACAUCAAACAUCCCGGACUGGCCAUCUCCACCUUCAGCCAGAUGGACAUAGCAGCAAACCUUGUAGCUUAUGUGCAUGACAACCGAGCCAGCACACGCAGAGAAACCUUUCAGUUUGUUGUGAGUAACAGUAAGACUAGUCGAAACGGAAGCUUUGAGAUCACAGUGGAAAUGGUGGAUCGCAUCCUGCCCUCUCUGUCCUCUAACAAAGGCAUCACAGUCCCCCAAGGUUCCUCCAUUAUCCUGGGUCCUGACUGCUUGGCCCUUUCUGACCCAGACACUCCACCCAGCGCCCUGACCUUUACCCUCCUCCAGCCUCCACAGUACGGCAGGCUGCUUUUAGCUGGCACCACACUAACUGCUGGGUCAAACUUCACCUACGGACACAUACAAGAGUUGGAGGUGUCAUAUAAACAUGACGGAGGGCCGUCACAGAUUGACAGGUUCGCCUUCACUGCCUCUGACACCACCAAUAGAGGCUUCCUCCUGGAUGGGCAGUUACAUUUGGAACCUGUGUAUUUCACCAUACAGAUCAAGCCUUUGGAUAAGUUACCUCCUGAGGUGGUGAAGAUACUCGAUCUUUGGAAAGCAGAGGUUUUAGAUGACGGACGGUACGGCAUCUUUCUGUCAUCCCGGGAGCUGAAGGCCCAAGACUCGGACAGCAGAGAGGAAGAACUGAUAUUCUGCAUCGUCCGCCCACCAUACUUUGGCUACCUAGAAAACAUUACUACAGGUGGUUUUGUGCCACAGCGCUUCUCUCAGACAGAGCUGAAUAAGAGAACCAUCGUCUACAUCAUCAGUCCAGAGAGGGAGUCUCUCUCAGACAGCCUGGAGUUCAGAGUGUCUGAUCCUUUAGGGAACACUGGGCCAUCACACAUACUUGAAUUCAGCUGGUCCAGCGUGGAGCUGUCUCAGCCUGAGUACUCUGUGUGUGAGGAGCAGGGAGGCGGCUCGCUGGACAUCAUCCGCAAAGGAAACUUAGCAGAGUCCUCAUACAUCACAGUCAAGUUAAAGGCAGUGACUGCAACAGCUGGGAAAGAUUUCCUCAUAAGCCCUUCUUCCCUCAUUCAGUUUGAUCCAGGAGUGUCAAAGAGGAGCUGGCAAAUCGAAAUCAUUCGGGAUCACCUUGAGGAGGCUGAGGAAAUGUUUGAAGUGCUGCUGAUCUCCCCUGAAGGCACAGUGAUUGGCACCAUCAAUAGGGCUCAAGUCACCAUCAGGGACUCAGGACAGUGUAGGCUGAACCAGGAUCAGGAGGCUCCUGUCCUUGGAGGAAAAGAGAUCAGGUCAGACACAUACCCCCAGCAUGGAUCCAUUCAGCUAGAGAAACUGCCUUUAGGCACUGAAUCAGUCAUCUGGGCCCGUGGAGACAGCAUCUCCAGGCCUGCAAGUCUCCCGAAAAAGAAACUGAGAGUUACAGGCAAUCCAAAGUCUAUUGCACCAUCCUCAGUUUUUCACAAUGGGACAGACAUUGUUUACACGUAUCACGGCAUCAUGCAAAUGCGAGUAGAAGAUGACACCUCUCCAUCCAGGAAAGGCAGAAAAGCAAACAUCCGUGUGGUUAGCAGAGGGGCACAGCAGCAGGUGUCAGCAGUGCCUACUGACUCAAAACUGGAUGCUAAAAGAAAGGUCUCAAAAUCUCAGAAAUCUGCACUGGCUAAAGUACGUGCUACAGCUGAUAACUCCAUCCCCAAGCCCUGUGUGCCAGAACUGAUGGGACUCCUGCAUUUCAACCAAACCACCAAUCAGCUCUUUCACUGCAAUGGUGUCUCCUGGAAACCCUGGGCACCGACUGAUCAGAUAGUGAGUGCUCAGAUGUGUCCUCAGGGCUGGACCUUUCAUGGUGGCCACUGUUACAUCCUCAGCACUGAGCACAAAGCCACCUGGAGCACAGCUAACAGAGCCUGCAGGGAGAGAUAUAAAGGAACUCUAGCAAGUGUUCUCUCUAAAGUGGACAUGGACUGGCUGUGGAACUUCAGUGGAAGAAAACCAUUCUGGAUAGGUCUGAAUGACAGGGAAGGCAGAGGACGCUGGGAGUGGGCAGGCGGCGAGCCAGUCAGCUACACCAACUGGAGAAAGACGCCCCCUCGGUCAAAAAUGAAGGGAACCAAAACGUGUGUCCUGGUGUGGAGAAGGGCAAAGUGGCAGAUAAGGGACUGUAAAACCAGCAGAGGUCAUCGCUUUGUGUGUUCGGUCAAGACUUGAAUUUGACUUUGUGUACGGUAUCGUAGCCAUGAACCACUGUGUUGCAGCUGCAGGAGGAAGGACGUCUGAACUGCACAACAAGACAACUUUCCAAUAAGGAUUAGUGGGAACUUUGCAGGAACUGUUUCUACAACUUAUAAUGAACUUUGCAACAAUUACUGUGUCUAAAAAGUAACCUGCUACACUAAGUGACAUUGUUUACACAGCAUUUAUCCUAAUUAGCCACUGGAAGUAUUGUUAUAUAUGUGAAGCUUACUUAUUUUAGAUAGAACUGAGGCUGGAUUACUGACAGGAGCCCCAAAAGCCCAAGGCUCACUGAUUGUCAGUUGAGUUGUGGUGUUAGUAAUUUGGUCACAAAUUAGUUUGUUGAUAUUGUACUUUGUGCAAAUUUCCUGCAGGUCUUGCAGUGUUACUUUAAGGCAUCUUGUGUCCAAACCUAGAUAUCAAACUUUUGUUAUUCUAAUUUAUGUUGUGCUUACACUGUAUAUAUUUCUAAAUCCAACCCAACUGACACAUAGUAUUCCAGCAGAGGAGUAGUGUUCGGUUUCCAUGUCUACAGGCAAAAUCAUAAUGAAAAUGCCAUGUCUGUGUACACUGUACUUGUUGGGAACUUGGGGGGUUAAUAGGGCUUCAACAGCAAAGUUUCUCCCUGCACCCCUUAAUGUAAUACCACUUUGUUAAAGUUUAAUUUCUGUGAAAAUGAAGAUGAGGCUUAAGCUCUUCAUUUCUUCAAAAAUCAUCAAACCUCAUUAAUUCCACUUAUAAACAUGUUUAUUUGGCGAUGUAAAAAAAACAUCAUAUUAAAAUUCAAGGUUAAA